UUUUAUUCAAAACUACACCACAUAACUUAAAACUUUAUAGUAAUUUUUCAGAUCACUAUCAAUAUCAUGUAAACCAUUUUCAAAUAACUAGGGUAAUGUCGUCAUCAGUGAUCUCAUUUUCUUCCUUUGCUUCCAUGUAUAAAUAACGGCUAAGCUUACCAUUCUAGUUUCUCACAACAAAUAACAAACACUAGGCAGAAUCCAACGUUCAGAAACAACAAUGGUCAUGUCAAAGGAAGUGCCACAACUGAAACUAGGUUCACAAGGUCUGGUUGUUUCAGCACAGGGAUUGGGUUGUAUGGGUAUGUCCGCACACUACGGACCAGCAAAGCCCGAACCAGAGAUGAUCGAGCUCAUACGCCAGGCCAUCGACUCUGGGAUCACCUUCCUUGAUACCUCCGACUUCUACGGCCCUCACACCAAUGAAAUCCUAAUCGGCAAGGCUUUGAAAGGAGGAUAUAGAGAGAAAGUUCAAGUUGCUACUAAAUUUGGAGUACGUUUGAUAGAUGGAAAGCCUCCGGUAGUUUGUGGUGAUCCUACGUACGUCCGGUCUGCUUGUGAAGCUAGCUUGAAACGACUUGAUAUCGACUGCAUUGAUCUCUACUACGCUCAUAGGAUUGACACUAGUAUCCCAAUCGAAGUCACGAUGGGAGAACUAAAGAAACUGGUAGAGGAAGGCAAAGUGAAGUACAUAGGGUUAUCAGAAGCAUGUGCUUCAACAAUUAGAAGGGCUCAUGCCGUACAUCCUAUAACCGCAAUACAGACCGAGUGGUCUUUAUGGUCACGAGAUUUGGAGGAUGAUAUUGUUCCUACUUGCAGAGAACUUGGCAUAGGGAUUGUUCCAUACAGUCCUCUUGGUAGGGGAUUCUUGGCUGGUGGUGCAACAUUGGUUAAAAACUUGCCAGAGGGAGACACAAGGAAGGAAUAUCCGAGGUUUAAGAAUGUUGAGUACAACAAGAUUGUGUUCGAGCGGGUGAAUGAGAUGGCUACAAGGAAAGGGUGCACCGCGGCUCAACUAGCACUGGCGUGGGUGCACCACCAAGGAAUCGAUGUGGUUCCAAUUCCUGGAACCACAAAGGUUGAAAACUUGAACCAAAACAUUAAAGCUUUGUCUAUAAAGUUAACACCAACAGAAAUGAUGGAACUUGAAUCAUAUGCUUCAAGUGAUGUGGUGAAGGGGGAUAGGCAUGUAUACAUGCAAAGAACUUGGAUAAAUUCAGAGACUCCUCCACUGUCCACUUAGAAAGGGAAUUUAUGUUUCUUUAAAUAAAUUAGUACAUGUGUGGUUUCUUGUAUUGUUAAGAUGUCAAGCUUUUAGAGCUUUGGCAUUUUAGCUUUCAUUUUCAUGAUUAUGUUGUAUAAUAAAUGAUCGUGUGUGUGUUUUAAAGAUUGUUACUUUGUUGGAACU